AUGAAGUCAACUCUCCAGGUUGCCAGCACGGUCGUAAGCAACCUUAAUAUAGCGCUACUACAAGUCACAUCGCCGCCGAGCCCUGUCGAUCUCAAGAAGGGCGAGGAUCGGGAGCAGGCGAGCAUCCACAACGACCGGACGUGCUACAUGUCGUCUGCCAAGGCCUGGCCAGCUGGGAACCAAAGGUUCAGAAAGCCGGUGAGAUGUCCGCCCUAA